AUGGGUCGUAAACCUGUCCCACAGCCGCUGGCGCUGGGCGACUCUAUGCGCCACGGCGAGGAGCCUCGUGUUAGUGAAACUGUCUCUAAGUCUGCGCGGCUAGACACAGCGUCGCCCCGAUCCCCACGCUCGCCCUUUCGGUUCGGCCAGAAAAAGUCUGAAAGCGCCAGCAGAACCCAGGUCCUGCAGGUUGCCGACGUUUUGCAGCAGCCGCCGCCGCCGCAACAGCAACAGCCUCAGAUCCAGAUCCAGCAGCAGCAGCAGCAGCAGCAGCAGCAGGAUAACCAUCCUCGCGACCGUUCCUCACACUAUCCUCCGCCCCUGACCUCGCCGCUGCAACAGCCGCAAUUCAGCCCUCAAGGGCACUCGCCAGCUUACCCAUACAAUAGUGAUAGCCGGAGGAUCUACGGCCAGGACGACGACAGAGCAUCGACAAAGUCGGGCUUUCUCUUUAACUUUGGAAAACAACCGACCAAAUCGUUAGAUCGGGUCAACACGCAGCAGUCAUUGGAUUCGCGCUCUGAAACUAUGUCGAGGGAUUCCGGCCAACCAGCCCUCUCCAAACAAAGUACCAAGCUUUCAGACUCUUCGUCUCAAGACCAUUUGGCUCACAAGCCAUUCCAGACGCUGCCUUCCAAGUCGGAUCUGUCGCUGGCCUCUUCAGCCGACUACGACGGCGUCGGCCAUCCCAAGAAGAACAAGCCCAAGCCGUUUACGCUUUUGAGUCGCAACAGGUCAAUAAAAGACAAGGACAGGGAGAGCAGGGACAGCCCGAGCCCCAACGACCCUGCUCCCGCCCCGACCAGACACGCAGAACCCGAGAACGCCCAUCCUCCGGCGCCAUUGAGAACUGCACCAGUCCACUCACACGACCGAUCGUUCCGUGAAAUGAUGUCGUCGGCCGUCCGAAACCACUCCGCCGAGCGGACUGGCCCCAGAGACAUCUCGGUUGGUCGAGGGAGGGAACAAGAAAGCUACAAUAGGAUGCAGUCUUCGUCAUAUAAAGAGAACACCGGGUCGGCCUUCUUCAGCGGCCUGAAGAAUAGUAUGGCAGCUGGCCUCAGCAAAGGGUUCUUUGGCGGAGGGCAGAGGAACGACCCCCAACUAUUCCGCGACCCGGGAACAGACGAAGAUAGAGACUACGUGCUCAAGGUUAUCAACCUUCCGCUCGUCCAACAAACGCGCCUAACUCGCAUAUCGAAGAGAUUAGAGGAGUCACGAGACAAGACGGAAUUCUGGAUGCCGGCUUUCCCUUGGCGAGCUAUCGAUUAUCUCAACUACAAAGGGAGUGAAGUCGAGGGAUUAUAUCGGAUCCCCGGGAGCGGUCCACAGAUCAAGAAGUGGCAGCGCAAGUUUGAUGAAGAGCUAGAUGUAGAUCUUUUCAACCAGCCAAGCCUCUACGACAUAAACAUUAUCGGCUCCAUGCUCAAGGCUUGGCUGCGUGAAUUGCCCGAUGAACUGUUUCCCAAAGAAGCCCAGGACAGGAUAGCCAGAGAAUGCGCCGGCGCCGAGACGGUCCCGCAGAUGCUUAUCGACGAACUUUCGAACCUGUCGCCUUUCAACUACUACCUUUUAUUUGCCAUCACAUGCCAUCUGAGCCUACUGCUUGCACAUUCGGACAAAAACAAGAUGGACUUUCGGAACCUCUGCAUAUGUUUCCAGCCGUGCAUGAAAAUUGACGCCUUUUGCUUCAAGUUUCUUGUAUGCGAUUGGCGGGACUGCUGGAAAGGGUGCAAAAAUGAGGCGAAAUUCAUCGAGGAGGAAUAUGCGCGCUUCGACCAACCGCCACCCAGGACCGUGGACGAGGCGCACAGGACCAACAGCAACGGCAACUCGAGUACACCAAGAGAGAAGGAGACACAUGAGGAACGCAAUGUUUCGUCCUCCGAUAGUAGCAAAAGUUCAAACCGCGGUGCAAAUGAGCAGAAGGGGAGGCUGAGAAAGAAGCCCGUGCCAGAGACGGAAAGCACCGAGACAAGCUCGACGAUGUCGACAAAUCUCACCAUCAAUAGCGAUCGGGAAACAACACCCCCGAGGAGGUCUGGGGAGAUGCGCCCCCUUUCGCCGAUUAAACCGCUAUCCCCGUUGGGCUUCUAA